CGGCGUCCACCCGAGUCCACCGGCACAGUAGAGCGUCGAGGUUCGUCGCGAGAGCAUCUCGUGCGGAGAAGAGAAGAAAAAAAGAAAGCGAAAACAAGAUAAUCUUUCGUCGUUAUCGAGAAACACUGGGCGCUCUCGACUACGGGGCUGCUUCGGACGACAUUCCUUCGAAUCGUUGGCUUGUCAAAUUUCAAAGAAAACAAAAGAUUUUCGUGCAUCGGGAAACAGCGAAGGAAGAAAGGUCGGUUUCGCAUCGAUACGGGGCAAAAGGAACUGUUAAUUCUUUGUUUUUAUCGGGAGUUUUGGAGUGCGCGAGUGUUGAUCCGGCCGAACUGUAUAAGUCACGUUUGGAUUGUCAGUUUGACGAAAGUUCAGCGGCUCACACAUUUCCCGGUAAAUCAUACGACUCGCGGUUGUGCUCGGGCUUGUGCGUGAACGUGGAUUCGUCUCCGAGUGCUCCUUUCCGGAGGCAAACCUACCAAGUGCUUCCGCGGUUCCUUUACUUUCGCAGAAAUCACGACACCGGUUCUACGCGCGUUGACGAGUUCGCGAAUGUACGCUGAUACACGGGGGGAUACAAAACUGUUCGGUAUCGGCGUGAAUCCGUACGCGGACGAUAGAGACUGAUUCGAGGGAACUUCUUACCUCCCGUGUGACUCGGUUUUUUUGUCGGGAUUUUGAAAUAUCAUAGGAACUUGUCAAAAUUAACGGGUGAGAUACGGUGCCAAAGAUUUUCUUCUAAGUCCAGAGAAAAGUGGAAAGUUUUAAUAUUUCCUUUUACGUGCCAAUCGUUCGAUAAUAAUCGGUCGUUGAUGGUCGAACAAGUGCGUGGACGCGGAGAUUCUUCAAGAAUUCUUCAAAACAAAUAUUGACGGUGAGAAACGGUGGUGAAAAAGAAGCACCGAAAAGACGAGGAGAUACGACGCGGGCUUUGGUAGAAGUGCGAGUUUGAAAAACGCGAAAAAAAAAUCGAUACUUCGGUCGUUGGGUGAGAAUUGAAGUGAAGAAAAAAAUAUCGGGCAAUCCUGUCUUUCCAAACACACUCGUAUCCGCUCAUACGUAAGUGAAGCAUCUUCGUGUGCGUGUUCUUGGCAUCUUUGUCCCGGCGAACAUUUCGUGAGACUCGCGGUGGAAUUCUUCGCGAUAAAACGUCGAAGGCGGUAGAGAGAGAGAGAGAGGGAGAGAGAGGAAUAAAAAAAGGAAGUAAAGAAAGGGAAGGAAAGCAAGAAAAAUAAGGAGUGUAAACAGAGAGAAGAUUCGGACGAGUGUAUAUCACGUUUUUAGCGUCCUCGUGGUUGGAGGCAAUAAUAUUGUUUCCCGCGCGCACAUCGGAUUGGCUGUAGUGGUACGACUGAAGAAUCGAACGAAACGAGUGUGCAAGAGAGAAAAAACGAGCACGAGCUACAGGAGAUAGAAAAAGAGGGGGAAGAGUUAAAGCGAGACGCGGGGCUGUUAGCCGAGUGGUGGGAGUCGUUUCAUUCAUAAAAAAGUUCUCUUUAUUACUUGGCCUGGCGCAUGUGCUAUUCCACCACGAACGUUCCAUCUGUUACUCUCUCUUGCUCCCCCGAGCUCCUCCCCCCGCCCUUCGUCGCGAAUUUACUCUCUCGUAACGUUAAAAGCACGAGGUAUACUAUUAUUAUUAGCCUUGGACAUUGAAAAGCUUCGGGUUCGAGGAUCGUGGAGAGUUGGCGAGGAUUUGAAAGCUGCUACGUGUCUGGUAAUGCACAGGUAUCUUCUUCUCAGGGGAGUCUUCCUUCGAAGGAACAUUAUAAAGCACUUUUUCAUGAAAUUUUAAAGAUCCGAGGAUCAUUCGAAAGAGGAGAAGAAGAAGAAGGGGCGGGCGAGGAUUUUCAAAUUUAUCGUAAGAAUUGAUCCAAUUGUGGAAGGACUUUGGGGAUCAACGUCGGUGAGCCGAGCCACGCUGGACUACCUCGUCGCAAGGCUUGCCUACGAGGAGACGAGUCGUUGUUACAACACAACGGCGACUCUUAACGGCGAUACGUUGAAUCGUGACUCGUUUACGACGCAAUACGUCGGUACGACGACGACGACGACGACGACGAAGCAGCGUCGUGAAAACGACGAAACGUCCGAGGACGGUUUGAUAAGCGAAGACUCGCCACUGUUCCGUGGCAAUUUGCGAGGAAGCAUGAGGGGCGAAUCAGCCAGACCGGGCAAACGUCCCCUGAGAGCGCUCUCGGCAUCGGAGAAGAUGGAAGCGAUACAGAGAGUGCACGAGGGGGAGAGCAAAGCAUCGGUCGCUCGUGACAUCGGUGUGCCCGAGUCGACGCUGCGGGGAUGGUGCAAGUCCGAGCACAAAAUACGCGGCAUGGCGAGAAACUCGUCGACUCCGGACAGCGAGGUGCACUCACCAGCCUCCUCCUCCGGUACGAAUUUGGCAGCAACGGCGAUGGCCGCGUCGACGACACACUCGAGCGAGGACGAGGCUGGUCCGGCUGCGAAAAGGGCCAAAAUCGAUCAGAGCAUGGGAGCCAACAUGCCCCCCUCGUCGUACGGGAUCAACGAGAACUCGGAGAACGACUCGAGGCUCGACGCCUCGAGCAAGAUCGAUUACAUGAGCCUGAUGACGAGUAUGGCCACCAUGAGGCCCGAGAACAGCGCUUUGCUCCUCCAACAAUUGGGACUCCUAUCCGGCGCCGGUGGAGCCAGCAACAUUGCCAAGAGCCUCUUGAGUCUCCAGACCGGAUUGCCCCACAGCAGCACCGUUGGCCUCGUCGAAAAUGGCCUCCAGUACACCAAAGCCAGUAACAAACUAUCCAGACACAGUAUAUCCGCGAUAGCCCCGACGCAAAUCGAUUCAGUUACGAAAACCGGGGCGAGGAAGAGUCUACCAGCUGCUGCCGAAGCACCGGCAACUCCGGUCCCGGCAUCCCCGAGAAAAACCAACGAAAACAUGGUCGGAGCUCCCAGAAUCGACGCCAAAAAUAAUAAAAAGGAUAACGGUAAUCCCCACGGGAUGAAAAAACCUGACGAAUCUCUGUGGAACUGGCUCACCCAACAGCAACAACUCAUGGGACAACAAUCGGCCUCUUUCAAUCCCAGCGUCGGCCCGCACGACGGAUCCUGGUUCUGGCAGUACUACAAACAAUGCGGCUUCUCGUUAACAUCACCCACAUCCAUAGCAGCCACACCUGUCGCCAAAAAAUCACCCAGCAAGACAAGAGCCCUCCUCGACAACGUACUUUGCAACAACAACAACAACGAGAACGUCAAGCGUAGCUUGAACAUGGACGAGAUCGAAGCUGACUCGCAUCGCGACGACGAACAAUCGUUAAGCACCGAAGAGGCCAUCGAACAUGGCGAAAAAUUCUUCAAAUGGCUCGACAGGUGCUCCGAUCCUGCUGUCACGAGGCUCCAGAUAAUGCAGUUCAAGUAUCUCCUUGAUAAUCUUAAAUCUUGUCGGAAGAAGACUUCCUCGGCGCCUCUGAGCCACAAGCAGAGCAGGAAAUAGGCUAAUUCAAGGGGAUACGCCACUUGUCUUUUUUCGUCUUAGAGCUCGAUUCGACGACUUCGUGAUUAUUGUUGUUAAUGGAGACCGAAAUUUAGCCGAUAUUUUCACUUAUUUUUCACCUUCGUUCUUACGACCACGAGGAAUCCGGUUUUUGGCGAAAUUUUCACUAUUCUCGUUUUAUUUUACUUUUUUUUUUUUUUCAUAAUCAAACCUCGCGUCGAUUUCGAUUGGAAGAGGUCACUUAAACUUUGCCAAAAAAGAAAAAAAAAAGCAAACCGGUUUGCUUGACACGUAACAACACUCGGUAGAAAAGAGAAUCAUUGGAAAUCGAUCUUCGGAUUGUGAAAACGGAAUAUUCACGUUAUUCAUGGCGGUGGAUCCUCGCGAUUAGUGAAUCUCAUAUAGUUCAUAAUUCAAUGAAUUUUUAUACUCCGUUUCGAAAUGCUCGUAUCGAUUGCAUAAUUCAACAGUCGAUUGAACUCAAAGUUUUUUUUUCUUUUUCUCAACUUCAUCAGUUUUGUGAUCGAUCUUCAAAUAUUUCAAUUUUCUUACCGCUUUUCAUCUUUUUAUUAACGCAUUCAAUCUCGACGUUGGUGCAAUUUCAGAGUCACGAAAACUCGUGGUAGACUUGAUUCAAGAUUAUCUUGUUAUUUUAUUUCCUGCUUUCUUUUUUGUCGGCUAUCGAACUACAUUCCUUUUAAUAAAUCUCUCUUAAAACUUUGUAUUAUUCUCGUACUCGUUAUGGGAUCGCGGCGCAAUGAGAUUUAAGGGGAUCGUUCGAAAAUCCCGGUACUUUCAAUACGUAAAUUCGAGUCUACCAAAGAGUUUCACGUUCCAAAACCCAAUGUAUAUAAAAACAAUUCAAAGAUAUAAAAAAUAAUGGGAGAAGCGAGAGCGAGAAAGGAUAUACCAAAUUUGUAAUUGAUGAAAAAUUCGUACGGUUUAAGUUUACGAAUGCUGAUAGCAGCGAGAUUUAUCGUUAUUCCAUUGUAAUAUUUAAGUGUGCGAAUGGCUUUAAAUGAGAGAGAAUGUACGUGCGAAUGUCUGAGCGAGUGUCUCUUCGAAGCGCGAGUAUCGACUCUGAAGUUUAAUUUUCCAGAACAACAACAAAAAGCAGUAUAAAAAUAGUAAUAAUAAACCGGAGGACGAAAAACUUGUCGAAUACUUAUAAAUUCUUAAAGUGUCAUAACAAGCGUGAAAUCGCAUUAAAAAUCAUCUUCCGAUGGCAUUUGUUAAUAAUAAAUAAUGAAAAGUAAACAAACACGUUGGUGCAAAAUUAUCGUCCGAUGUGAGGGUCGGUAGUCAAGGUCCAAACUUCAUAUCAGUAGCCCUUAAUUCAAACAAACGAUUCGUUCUCGAGUCGAGAGAAAAUUUCGAGAGAGAGAGAGAGAGAGUCAAGAAAUUAUUGAAAAGACAAUGGUCACUUGUAUUCCUUCGUGAAUCGAAGACUUUUUUAAAUCCUACAUUUAAAUAAAUAAUUGGGAGACGAUAAAUGGCUCGAAUUUUCUCUCGGUGUGAACGAGAUUCUUCCGUGACAUAUAUAGAGACACGAAUAAUAAACUAAUUGAAUCGGAGCAUCGGAAUAUAGCCAAAAAAACGGUGAUGAAAAAUGGAUUGAAUCAACAGAAAAUAACUCACCAUGUUGAGUGGCCUUUCAGGUGGCUCGUACUCCAGGUGAUCACUCACAAAGUUCGCACAUCCCUGCCAAGUGUAAAGCUCGGGAUAGAGCAGUGUACUCGGCCUUAUGCUGGUAGAGACAAAUUUCUGCAAAAACAAACGAGGAACAAGUAAGGCUUGCAAUUUGAUAUUUUAAUAAUUUAAAGACAUAAAAACAAAACGAACAGGAAGAAAAAGUGAAAAAAAAAACAAUUCUCUCGUAUCUCGUGAUAUUAUUAAAGAAUAAAAGAGAAUAAUAGAAAAAAUGAUCUUUUGUUUUUUCCUCUUCUUUUUAUUAUCGUGCCGUGCGCUUCGUGCAUUUACGUCCAGUGUCGCUGAACUAAAUACGCACGAUAUUUGAAUAAAUAUCGCGUCACGCAGCCCUCUGAGGUGACAUUGAAAAAAAAAAUUAUAAUAAUAAUAAUAAUAAUAAAAUUAAGAAAUUCAAAUUAACUGAGUGGGCUCGUGACGCAAUAUAUUAUUAUUAUUAUAUAUAUACAUAUAUAUAUAUAUAUAUGAUAAAAACUGUACAUUGUUAUUGCGUCAAAACUUUAUGUAUAUAUGCGAUAUUAUUGACGUUGUGUUAAGAAAGAAAAGAGUCGCGUGUUUUUACCUCGUCACUGUCGGCGUCGAAAAUGUUUCUCAAAAAAGAUAUCCGAUAAUUCAUUGAAAUUCGUCAAGUCCCGAGCGAGAAAAUUGUACAAGCAUAAUGAUUGUUAUAUCCGAAUUAAUAGCGAGCUCGUUUAUUCUCGAUUAAGUAAGAAAAAAUUAAAAAAAUAAUAAUAAGAAUAAUAAUAAUAAUUAAGGAAAACAAGUAACGAAGAAAAAGCAUAAGAUAAAAAAAAACUCAUGGAGGAUUCUUUAAUCGACAUCGAUAAAAAGCCUCAUCAAUAGAUUUCGAUUCAUGUUUUAAUUUUUUGUUUCGUAUUGUUUGUUUUUUUUUUUUUUUUUUUUUCGCGGCGCCGAGAGAACCUGGCCCAUGGCAAAGUAUAUUUAUAAGAAAAACCAAAGCGAAGAUUAAACGUCGUCGUGGACGUGCGACGAUUUUUUUAUGUAUAUAAAAACACGAUUUGUCCGUGCGAUCCGCGCGCAUUAAAAACACGUCUACUUUUAGCGCAUGAAAUACGAAGAAAAAAACGAAAAAGCAGGAUCAACAUCAACCGCAACGUAUGAAUAAAUGUAUAGCGAAGUUUAUUUUUAUUAUUUAGAAACUAGAGAAAAUGAGGGGAAAAAACGAGAGUCGAGUGUAUUAGAAAAAAUUCCUGGUAUGCAGUUAAUUAUGUCGGUUAAAUUAAACGAUUGAAUCCUAGAAAGAAAAAA